AUGGAUCGAAAGGAGAGCGCGUGCACUGCUUUGCGUCGUUGCGCAGACGGUGACCGCUUGCAAUGGGAGGAUCUCCAUGAAGCAGAGCUGAAGGUCUUUGUUUGGUUGGAGUUCAGCCUCCACGUCCCCGCAACCGAGGUCAUGCCUCACCUGCACCGGAUUGUCAAGGACCUGGGGAUGCCUUGGCAGGAAAUCGGCGAAGCAGGAUGCCUGCCCAGGUCCUCUGACGAGGAUGUAGAUGCGUCGUUGCGGGACUAUGGCUCAUCCUUCUAUUGA